UCGCUGCGUGCUAUAAUUUAUUUGAUUAUUUAAUUGUUCGGAGACGAGCAGUAGUUGCGUCUUCUUCUCCUUUUUCUUCCGAGGUUGGAUUCUCCUUCGGAGGCGUUGUUCAUUGCUUCCAUCUCGCCCAAUACAUCGCCUCUUCCUUCAUUCUCUCGUCGUCGCGAUCGGCUCUUUUGUCAAGGUUCGAUCUUGUCAAAGUGGAAGCUUUUGCGAGCCGGAUCGGGGAAGAUUGACGGGCUGAGAAAGUUUUGGACUUUGAUGGGGUGGUUGUGCUGCUUCAGAGGCUCGUCCUCUAAGUUUGCAGGUUCUUCAUGUGAUGCUGGUAAAGGGAAAAGUUCUCAGGGUCGCUCAAAAAUCACUUAUGGAUUUAGUCUUGUUAAGGGGAAAACAAACCAUCCCAUGGAGGAUUAUCAUGUUGCUAAGUUCAUUCAUAUGAGAGGACAGGAGCUUGGUCUAUUUGCUAUAUUUGAUGGACACUUGGGAAAUAAUGUACCUGCCUAUUUACAGAAGCAUCUAUUUUCAAACAUUUUGAAAGAGGAAGAAUUUUGGACUAAUCCAGAUGUAGCUAUUUCAAAAGCCUACGAGAAGACCGACAAGGCAAUUCUUUCACACAGUCCUGAUCUUGGUCGAGGUGGAUCAACUGCCGUCACCGCAAUCCUCAUUAAUGGCACAAAGUUAUGCAUAGCUAAUAUUGGUGACUCACGAGCAGUUCUUGCAAAAGGUCCACAGGUGAUACAAUUGUCAGUUGAUCAUGACCCCAACACCGAGCGUGGAAGUAUUGAGAAUAGAGGUGGCUUCGUCUCAAACAUGCCAGGAGACGUUCCAAGGGUUAAUGGCCAGUUAGCUGUAUCCCGUGCUUUUGGAGACAAGAAUUUGAAAUCACAUUUGCGAUCAGAUCCUGAUAUUCGUUGUUUAAACAUUACAUCAGAGACAGAGCUACUCAUCCUUGCCAGUGAUGGUAUAUGGAAGGUCAUGAACAAUGAAGAGGCAGUUGCGACUGCUAGAAGGUUCAAGGAUCCACAAACUGCGGCAAGACAAUUGACCACCGAGGCACUGACUAGAGACAGCAAAGAUGACAUUUCAUGUGUUGUUGUCCGAUUCAGAUCAUAAGAAAACAUGUCUUUUCGUCGUCCAUAAUCAGAGAUUUCACUUGUAUCUUUUUCAGUUGACCAUCAGAGAUUCAAAUGAUUGGUGAGGUUACUAAUACAGAUUCAUACGGGAAUACCAUGAAAGCUAAGAAUGCCAAAGAGUUCAGCAUUCGACUACAAUAUGAUCAGUGCCAGUGUGCCCAAUGCAAAUGGCUUCUGAUGUAUUUGAUAAUCAGAAGAAUCCCAUGUUUUUUUAAGCAGGGAAACUAGCAGAUCCCUCAGGUUGACAAUGGUUGGUUGGAUCGAUUACUUUAUUUCUUUUGCAUUUCCUUUCCUCUUUGGAUUGCGGUUUUGCAGCGGAGUUUCAGUUUUAGCUUGGUAGUAUUUAGCGAUCCCGAAAAGAACAUGAUUCUCUAGUUGUAAUUUAUUAAAUAAUUUGUGUUUUUAAUCCAGUGCACAUGGGUGGAUAUAUGCAUAUAUUUCGAAGAUGUGAUACCUAGACACUCAGAAAGAGGAGGAUUUAAACACUAAAAUAAGACGAUGCUUGGUUCAGUUUCAUUUUGUGAUUGAAUGAUUUGUUGUGAUACUAUCAUUAGAAUGGUUUAUUCCAAUUA